AUGAAGUUAAAGCCUUCCAUCUGGGCAGUGCCAGGGAUUGUGGUCCCACAGUACAGUUCUGUGACCGUCCUCUGUAGAGGACCUCCAGGAGUGAGUGAAAUGCGUCUAGGAAGCAGGGAAUCCAGUGAGUGGUUUGGCAAAAUCCCACAGGGACCCCAGGAGACAGUUGAGUUCCCCAUUGAGAAUGUGACAUUAACCAGCGCAAGGACUUACUACUGCGAAUACCUGAAGGAAAGGGCCUGGUCAGCACAAAGUGACCCACUGCAGCUGGUGGUGACAGGGGUCUACAAGGACACACCCUCUCUGACGGCUCAUCCAGGCCCCCGUGUGACCUUAGGAGGGAAUGUCACCCUCUUCUGUCACUCAGCUCAUGUCUAUGACACCAUCCAUGUGUUCAAAGAUGGAAAUGCCUUCUCCCAGGACUAUUUACAUCAGGACCAUGCCACCUUCCUCAUCUCCCCUGUGACUCUGGCCCAUGGGGGCACCUACACAUGCUACGGUUCUCCUCAAACACACCCCCUCCUCUGGUCACUACCCAGCAACGCCCUGAACAUUUUGGUCACAGAUGCUGCCUUGAAGGACAUCCAGCCUGAGGAGGAUGAACCGACAGAGAUGCAGGUCCCCUCAGCAGAACACCCCAACGAAGUGACCUAUGCCCUGUUGCAACCGGAAACUCUUAUGGGGAGUGUGGAUCCACUGACCUGCACCUUCAAGGAUGACUCUAAACAGCCCUGUGUGUAUGCCACCCUCACCUCGCCCUGA